AUGUGGAGUGGGCUGUUACCGCCAGGACUGAAUGAAAGUGAUGCUGACCUAAGCUCUGAUGAGGGAGAUGAAUCGCAUAGUUCUUUUUCAAAGCAAGAUGCAAAAGAAGAUGUCGAAAGAGUUCAGAGUUCAGAAUUGCAGGAGAAUGGACCUGAAAGUAGUGCCAGCAGUGAACCCCCUUUGCUGUCGGUGGCAGAUGGAGAAAACGAAUCUGAAACGUGCCCCUCUGGAGUUCCUUUAAACUUGUGGAAUAAAUUUCUGGAGCUUCAGAAGAAAAACCGUGAAAUGAAAACCCAAGCAAAUCAGGGAAACAAAAGCCGAAAAAGAAAGCGCCACAAAAAAGAAAAAUGGAAGAAGGACAAUGAAGUGACUAAAAGUCAACAGUUGGCAAAUGAAGAAAAAUGGAAAGAACUUACACAAUACUUUGGAAUCAAUGAUAAAUUUGAAUCACCUGUGAAUAGCAGGGCUCCACAAAAGUCUGGCCUUGAACUUAGCAUAGAGAAGUCUGUGGCUGAAGGUGACAUCGAUAAGGCUGAGGAGCUGAGCGAUAGAUUAGCUAUUCGUGAGCUUGGUGUGAAAAUUGCCAAAGCUGCUGCUUGCCGCAACUUUGUAAAAGCCAAGCAAGAAGCAGAGGCUGCCCAAGAAGCUCGAAAGAAAAAGAAGCUUGCUUGGGGAUUUGAAGCCAAGAAAAGAUGGGAAACAAAGAGCAACAUGGGAUAUAUGUAA